GAACUCAGUCAUCGACAGUCACUGCUUGGAAUUUGAUGCAAAUCUUAUUUGGAUCUGACUAAAAAAAAUUGAACAAUGGAGCAAAUAAGACGCGUCAAAUUGAGAAUUCAAAGCCGAAUUCAAUCUAUUAAAAAGUUACUCAUCACCAUUGGCAGUGGAGUUCGGUCACUUUUUAUCGGGACCUGUAAAAAUAGCAACAUCCAUGGUCUUUGUUAUUUUAACAAGCGACUACAUUGGAGUGAAAAGUAUAGGGAAUGCGGUUUCUCUGCUAUAAGAUUAUUAUAAAUUAAUUAUCCACAUAUCAAACGUAGGUUCUAUUGGAUGCUUGCUGUUGGUGUUUCACUAGUUUUGUGUGGACUAAUGAUCCAUAACAUCUGGAAUCAAUGGCAUGAACACCCAAUGACCCUGAGCUUCGCUGAUAAAUCUCUGUCAGCUGUGAACAUUGCGUUUCCUACCGUCACCAUUUGCCCUGAAAUUAAAUCAAUGAAGAAAAAAUUUAAUGUAACGCACGCGGUUUAUUCAUUGCAUGCUAAUUCACCAUUAACACAAACAGAAGUAAAUGGAUUGAAAGCGUUUGCACAUCUCUAUCCACGUUUGUUGAAAUUUGUCACAUACUCCGAACAAUUUAGCGAUGAAUCAAUUUAUGACACCAUUAAAGAUGUUGCUUUAGAUUUUGGAUAUUUCAUUCCUGCUGGCUGUCGCUGGAAUUUCAAAAAUGACUGCUCAAAAUUACUUGUUCCAGUUUUGACAGAUGAAGGCCUUUGCUACGCUCUCAACGCUCUCAAUUCGCAUGAGAUAUAUACGGAUGAGUAUGAUUAUUGUUUAUAG